GCUGGCCAUCUGCCCGCGUCGCAAAGUCAGGAGACUCCUGCUGACCUCCGAAGCACCAGCAUCCUAACUGACGAAGAGGUCUUCGUCCAAAAACGCGCUGAUAUCCCCGCGGUACUGCCUCUUCCUGGACUCGACAGCCACGAUGCUGCUGCUCGGGCUCCUGCUGGCAUAGCAUCACCUGAAUCUAUAUCGACCACGGCCUUACUAAGCUCGGAACCUGCCACCAUGUUUUCAAGCUUCUGGGGCGCCGCAGCCACGCUCGCGUUCUCCUUGUUCUCAUCCACCAUGCCUGCGUCCGGUUUGGGCUCUACUUGUACCGCGCCGUUAGGGUCUGGUACGGCUGCUCCCGGCGCUCCGUAUUGGCAACAGAGCAUCGCACAUCAAGGCUCUUCGCCAUAUGGACCGUCAGGCUACCAGGUCUUCAGGAAUGUCAAGGACUUUGGCGCGAAAGGUGACGGUGUUACCGAUGAUACUGCGGCCAUCAAUUCGGCGAUCUCUAGCGGUGGUCGCUGUGGACUGGGCUGCACCUCGUUCAGCACGACCCCUGCUACGGUUUUCUUCCCUUCGGGCACAUACCUCGUUUCUGCGCCUCUGAUAGACUACUAUUACACGGAGAUCGUCGGUGAUGCCAGAGUCCUCCCAACCCUAAAGGCUGCUGCGUCGUUCGUCGGAAUGGCUGUCAUCGAUGCUGACCCUUACAUUCCCGGCGGGGGAGGCGCACAGUGGUAUGUCAAUCAGAACAACUUUUACAGAUCUGUUCGCAACAUCCGUAUCGACCUGACGGCGAUGCCGGCGUCCGCGUCCGCCACGGGUCUGCAUUGGCAAGUCUCCCAAGCGACGUCGUUGUACAAUGUCGUCGUGGAUAUGUCCACCGCGGCCGGAAAUAAUCAUCAAGGAAUAUUUAUGGAGAAUGGGUCGGGUGGAUUCAUGGGAGAUUUGGUGUUCAAUGGUGGCAAGUACGGAAUAUGGGUCGGCAACCAGCAGUUCACGGUUCGCAACAUCACCGUGAACAAUGCGGCCACCGCCAUCUUCGGAAUAUGGAACUGGGGAUGGACUUGGCAAGGCGUCACCAUCAACAACUGUCAAGUCGGAUUCGAUAUCACCACAGGAACCACAAGCGGAUCCUCACAGGGCGUCGCCUCCGAAGCGAUCAUCGACGCCACGGUCACCAACACGCCCGUCUUCUUCCGUAGUUCCGCCGCGAGCAACGGCGCGCUCGAUGGGUCCAUCGUCCUCAACAACAUCGUGCUCAACAACGUGCCUACCGCUGUUGGCCUCACGAACGGCGCGGUCGUGCUGAAAGGUGGAACUACGACGAUUAAUACUUGGGUUCAAGGGAACGUCUACUCUGGCACGAACCCCGCGGGAUCGUUCCAUCAGAGCACGGUCACCGCGAUCAACAAGCCCUCGGUGCUCCUGACCAGCAGCGGCAAGAUAUUCGGAAAGGGAAGACCGACCUACGCGAAUUUCGCGCCGUCCCAGUUCGUGUCCGUCAAGUCGCAGGGCGCCAAGGGCGAUGGAAAGACGGACGAUACGGCGGCGUUGCAGGCUGUGUUUAACCAGUUUGCGGGGUGUAAGAUUAUUUAUAUCGAUCAGGGUGUAUACAUCGUCUCCUCCACGCUCCACAUACCCGCCGGCGUCCAAAUCGUAGGCGAAGCCUGGCCCACAAUCAUGGGCUCCGGCUCCGCCUUCUCGAACCCAUCCAGCCCACAAGUCGUCGUCCAGGUCGGCACGACAGGAUCGACGGGCGUCGCGGAGAUCUCGGGCGUGUUGUUUUCGACGAGGGCGAGCGCGGGGGGCGCGAUUGUGGUGGAGUGGAAUGUGCAUGAUCCGAGUGGGCAGCAGGGGGCGGCGGGGAUGUGGGAUACGUUGAUUAGGCUUGGUGGAGCUACUGGGACGAAUAUCCAAGAAGCACAAUGCGCCAACACGACCGCGAACACGGGGACUAACUGCUUCGCUGCCUUCCUAGGCCUGCACCUCACCGCUGGUUCUAGCGCCUACCUCGAGGGGACUUGGGUCUGGCUUGCGGACCACGAUAUCGAUUCUUCGGCGCAGCCUAUGAUCACGGCGUACAGCGGUCGCGGGAUAUAUUCGCAGUCGGCUGGGCCUGUGUGGAUGAUCGGGACGGCGUCGGAACAUCAUGUGUUUUAUCAGUAUUCGCUCGUGGGCGCGUCUAACCAUUACAUAGGCCUAGCCCAAACGGAAUCCCCCUACUUCCAACCCACCCCCGCCCCACCCUCCCCCUUCACCCCCAUCUCCUCCUACAACGACCCCUCCUUCCCCUCCGGACUCACCCAAGCCUGGGCCAUGUCCAUCUCCAACUCCCAUAACAUCCUCAUCUUCGGCGCCGGUUUCUACUCCUUCUUCCAAUCGUAUAAUCAGGCAUGCGACGCUACGCCUGCGGGGGUGUGUCAGUCCCAGGUCUUGGAUGUGGAUGGGAGUAGUACGGGGAUAGGGGUGUAUGGACUGAAUACGGUUUAUGUGGGGGGGCAGGUGAGUGUGGGGGGGAAGGCGGUGGUGUUGGCGAGUGGGAAUAGGAAUGGGUUGUCGAGUACGGUUUCGGUUUGGACUAUGUGAGUAAAGAGUGCAGAGUGCAGAGAGAGAGGAAGAGGGGGAUGGGAGAUGGAUGAGGAUUGAUGGGUUUUUGUUUUGUUUUUGUUUUUGUUAGGGCCGGGGCUGGUGAUGCUGCUCCUGCUCCCAGCACGUCUCAGAGCCCACGAGCGCGGGGCCGAUGCACUCUGCAACGUCAAGAUUGAAUCAAGCAAGAUUACGAGCAACCAACCGAGAAGACUAUUAGUGGAGGGGAAUGUGAUUAUGAUUUUUCUUAUGUUCGCCUAUUUUUGUUGGCAUUCUUUUCGAGAUAUACACGUUGAUCCUCGCUCUCUGUUCGCAUUCGCAGUAGCAUAACUGUAUUUAUUAUUGUCUGUAGCUAUACCAUGACCAAGACCUUGCAAUUCGCCUGUUGUUGCAAU